AUGAAAAUAGCUAUAUCAGUAGAAUAUCUCAUCAAAAAGUACUUAACGGAUAAAAUUUUGGUCGAAAGAGUACUAUGUUGUUGUUUUGUUGCUGAUGAACAUAUCAAAAUUGAACUUGAUACAAUUGCAACAGAUAAUGUUCUCGAUACAAGUGUAUCAUCGUUAUCGAUAUCUAAUAAAAGUCUUAAUCGAAGUUCAAGUAAUCCAGAUUUAUCUUCAUCAUCAAUUAGUAAUAAAUCAAUGACAUCAUCAACAUCAACAUUUAGUGGAACAAUCAAUGAUGAAGAUAAUAUAACAUUUGUUGUUAAAGUUUAUCGUAGUGAUCAAUCAUUCAAAUAUUUUCCUAUACUUAAAACUACGACAGCGAAACAAGUUGUUAUGUUAGCUAUAACAGAAUUUGGUAUUGCUGACCAAAGCAGGUAUUAUUCUUUAUGUGAAGUAUCUGUUGAAAAUACUGUUAUUAAACAAAAACGUUUACCAGAUCAGAUUGAUAAUUUACCUGAACGUCUUGCAAUAAAUGCUCGUUAUUAUUUAAAAAAUAAUCAUUCAACUGAAACACUUGUACCAGAUAAUUUAUCAAAUGAAUUAAUGCGUGAAUCACGCAUUCAUUUUCUUCAAUUAGAUUCACUUGAAAUAUGUGCACAAUUAACAUUAAGAGAUUUUGCUAUAUUUAAAUCUAUACAACCAACAGAAUAUAUUGAUCAUAUAUUUAAAUUAAAAUCGACUUAUGGUAUUCCACAUCUUGAAAAAUUUCUUCGAUUACCUAAUCAAGAAAUGUAUUGGACUAUAACUGAAAUUAUACGUGAAACAAAUUUAAUGCAAAGAUCAAAAAUAAUUAAACAUUUUAUUAAAAUAGCAAAAUGUUGUAAAGAUAUGAAAAAUUUUAAUUCAAUGUUUGCUAUUAUUAGUGGACUUGAUCAUAAAACUGUUCAACGCUUACAAGCAACAUGGGAACGUGUACCAGACAAAUAUAAAAAAAUAUUUGAAGAACUCAAAUUAUUACUUGAUAUAUCUCGAAAUAUGUCUGUUUAUCGAAAUUUAUUAAGGAAUGACUUAAUCGCACCACCUAUUAUUCCUAUGUUUCCGGUAUGUAUGAAAGAUUUAACAUUUAUUCAUCUGGGAAAUCAAACACAAGAUAACAAUCUGAUAAAUUUUGAAAAACUUCGUAUGAUAUCAAAAGAAAUUCGCUAUAUUGUUAAUAUGUCUUCAUCACCCUAUGAUAUUUCAAAUAUGUUUGAUUCUCCAACAUCACAUUCUCAAAUCUUUGCUGGUUUUGGUCAUCAACCAACAACUGAUUCAUUUGCAACAAUACGUAAACAUCAAACUGGUAUGCGUUUAUCUAUCGUUGCAAAUGCUAAACGAAUAUAUGAUGAAGCAUUAAUGGUUAAAAAAGUUAAAACAUAUUUAAAUAAUGCUGAAAUAAUUGAAGAUGAAGAUCGUCUAUUCGAUUUAGCUAAUCAAUGUGAACCUGUAAGUACACUUAAACGCCGUCCAUCACCUUCCACCUCAAGUUUAUCGUCCAAUUCUUCCUGUGAUCGUCGUGCAGGUUCUAUACAAUUAACUAAAUUUGGUACACAAUCUCCAGAUGCUGUUAAUAAAUUACUUCGUCUAUCAGAUAGUAAUCAUCAAAUAAAAUCUCGUGCACCACAAAAAUCCAAUACUAUUCUUCGAAGUCCAUCGCCAUUAAUUAAUAAUUCAAUAACAUUAACAGGACUUACAUCAACUAGUGAAUUAACUCAACGACGUUAUCAUCAUCAAGUAACGAAAAUGCGUGAUGCAAAUAAAUUAACAAGUGAAAGUUCAAGUUUAAAUUUAAAACCAGCAUCAUCAGUAUUAUUUAUUCGACAUCAUAAACCAGAAACCAGUCAAAAUAAUAAUGAUCUAUCGAAAAUUAGUGAUUCAGGAAUCAGUAGUCUUAAAUCAACAGAUACAUAUAUUACAGGUAGUGGAAGUGAUAAAUCAACGAGUAGUACAAUCAGUGAUGGAUUUUCAUCAAUUAAAAAUCGAAGUCAUUCUAUAGCAGCACAAGGAAAUACAGACAAUCAGCAUGACGAUGAUCAAAGACCGAUAAUAAUACAUUCUUGGAUAAAACGUUCAAAAUCUCAAAAUGAACUAAAUCUUAAUCAAGGAGAAUCAAAUGGAGAUUAUGAUGAUCAUGAACAAGUGACAGCAGUUUAA